GACUCGGCCAGUGCAGACAGGUGCCUACUCAUAUGAGACAGGCUGGGCCGAAAGCGCACUUGUGGUGUCCGCCAGCGACGAAGAUCAGCGGCGGAAAGAGCAGUGUUCCCGCGCAGCAGGAAAAAGCUGUGCUUCGUGUCGCGUCAGCAAGUAGGAGGGAGGGGUCGACUCCAGAUUAGAAGAGACAGUGUGUGUCGUGGUGCGCAUGUGUGUCUUGGGGGCAGGGUGUGGAGCGGGCCGCACAACGCAGUGAGUGCGUGGGUGCAGUAAGUCUGCUGGACAUGGUGACUGGACUGGAGUAAGUCGAAUGAACGGUGGACCAAAAAUACGCACCCACGCACGCAGUCAGUAGUAGUGAGUCGACCGUGGACCAAAAAUACGCACGCACGCACGCAGCACCAGUGCACCAGCCGACGGCCGUUGGGGUUGAGCUGAUCGCCGAUGAACGACAAGACGGGCGCCACACUCGCCCCGGCCCCAUCCGGCGAUGAGAUCCGGUCCACACCGUCAGGCACGGCCCCGGCAUCAUACGUACGUCGGUGUGACGAAGGGGAGGUCGCGGUCGCCUCCCUCGAAAUCGCCGGGGUUGUCGACAGGCGCUCAGAUAGUCAGGCCAGUCGCCCCACCUGCUGCCGUCCCUCACUAGACACAGGGCAACGAACAGGAUGUUGGCCUCGCGACGCACGUCGAUGGCCAGCCUCCCUCCUGGUGGAGCUGCGCGAGCCAGCGAACUCCGCAUGUGGGCUGGGCUUCGUGUGUGGGCUGCUGUGAGCAGCGGGUCUGCCGGAUGGCCUCGCCCGCUGCUCACUUGACCGACGGGUCUGCCGGAUGGCCUCGCCCGCUGCUCACUUGACCGACGGGUCUGCCGGAUGGCCUCGCCCGUCGAUCGCCGAGUGAGCAACGGGUCUGCCGGAUGGCCUCGCCCGCCGCUCACUCGACCAACGGGUCUGCCGGAUGGCCUCGCCCGUCCCUCGCCGAGUGAGCAGCGGGUCUGCCGGAUGGCCUCGCCCGCCGCUCACUCGACCAACGGGUCUGCCGGAUGGCCUCGCCCGUCCCUCGCCGAGUGCCCAAGGCCCACAUGCGAAGGCCGCCGUCAAGCGACCAACUCUCACCUGUAGGUCGAACACAUACAGACAGAAGUGAGUGAGGUGCAUUGUCUGCGGCGUAUCAGAGCUCGCCCAUUCCCAAUCCCUCACCAGUAAGUGUGUGGGUGGGGUGGCCGUGGUGUCGUCCAUGGGCAUGACGAUUGUCGUCUCCACCAUGUCCCUUUUGGCCAUUUCCCUCUUGACCCACUCACGGAACGUCGAUAUGUUGCCGAACUCAUACACCGGCCCCUCGGCAGCAGAUUGGGUGGCCACACUCGUCCCCCUGGUGGACGUCCUCGAGCGUGGCGCCGUGGUGGUCCCGUCGGCUGCCUCGAGCAGGUCGCCACCUGUGUGUGACGAUGGGCUCGGGAGGGGUGUGGACGAGGGGGUGGCGCUGCGGACACGGCGAGUGCUCGGGGGUGCGUCUGCGGCUGAACUGGCGCCCUUUCUGAGGGGACUGCUGCCGAUUGCUGCUGUGGGCUCGACCCUCGACACACAGCUGGAGCUGAGCAGGGAAAUAGACAGACAGCAGAAAGGCAUGUUGAUGCACCCAGACGCUGCUGCUCUGGGUGGGGGUGAUGGUCGAGUAGGCCAGCGAGAGGGCGGGGGAGGGGAGGAGGGAGGUCCGCUGGGUGCCGGUCGGCUGCACCUGGGGCACUGGGACGUCAGGCAACGCCGUGGUGUCGUCCUGUAGCUGCUUUGCCGUGGUCGCUAGGUCCUGCUGUUGCUCGGGGCGGGCAUCUUGGUAGCGAAUGAAGUCAGCUGGCACCUGCUGCUGUGGCCCAUCCUGCUUGGGCAAGACCCAUGAGGGCACCAGCAU